GCUUUUGAUGUGUACCUCCGAACAUAAUAUUGCGAUGUUUUGUGGCAAUUGGAUUAAUCCAGAACACCAUGAUACAUCCGUGGUCAAUGAAACCAAUGUCAAUGGAGUGGAAUGGGCAAAUCUAUGUUUAUUCUGGGUAAAUUGGGUAUUCACCACUGGUCGUGAGUCGUUUUGGACAGCUGGAGAAAUGGUGGUGCCUUCACAGUAGCUGCAUGGCUCUGCUAGGGAACUGAACUAUUGUCAAGCAAGCAGUCCUGCCACUGUCUUCAAAAACUGUCCAUUCCACAAAGCACAUAGGUUCAAGAAACAGAUAAUUGCCAGCUGCAAGAAUGGGAGUUUUGGGCCUGUGGAAGCUGCUUGAACCUUGUGGAAAGCCAGUUCCCCUAGAACGCCUGGAAGGCAAGGUUGUGGCUGUAGAUGUUUCUAUUUGGCUGAAUCAGGUUAUCAAAGGUUAUCGGGAUGGCCAGAACGGCGCUCUGCCAAACGCCCAUCUCAUGGGUGUGUUUCACCGUGUGUGCAAACUGCUCACAUACAAGAUCAAGCCGGUCUUCGUGUUCGACGGCGGCGUCCCGGCACUCAAGCGUGAAACACUGGCGGCGCGUCGUCUGAAGAAGCAGACGGCCUCGCGCGCCGCGGACCGCAGCUCACAGAAGCUCGUGCAGAACCUGCUGCGCCAGGAGGCGCUGCGGGCAGUGCUGGGCGACGCGGCCCCGCUGCCGCUCUCCGUGGGCACCGUCGGACCGGCCGACCCUUUCCAGGUGGCGCCGCCGCCGGGAGCUCCGCCAGGCGAGGAGAGCGACUCCAGUUCGGACAGCGAGACUGAUGCUAUCAUGGAUCGCCUCGGUCAAGACAUGCACAGCUUCGACUUUGACUCGGAGCAGUUCAGAAACCUGGCGCCUCAGGUCAAGCACGACAUUCUCUCCGACCUGAAGGACACCAGAAAGCAAAACUCAUGGGGGAAAAUCGACCAGAUGCCCAAGGACUCGGGAAGCUUUUCCGACUUCCAAAUGGAUCGGCUGCUAAAGCGGAAGAAGUUCCAGGUUUCAAUGGACGAAGUGGAGGCCGAAAUCACCAAAAGAAACACAGAGCUGCUCCACAUGGGCAUCGACCUGCCGGGCACGGUGACGUCACAGCGCAUGGCCUCGCGCGCCGACACUUAUCUGGUGCUAAGUCAGCAGACGCCGCAGCCGCAGGCGCAGCCGAAGCCAAAGCUUGAGCCACAGUCGGAGGAGGAGGAUGAUACGGGCCUGCUCGACGCGGCGGACACGGCCGACGACUCGCAGGAUUCGGGCUGUCCGGACGCCCAGCCUCACACGGCGCAGGCGUUUUCCGAAAUGGGACCGGGCGGGUGCACAGAGCCGGGCGUCAAGACGAAUGGCAGCUCGGGGGACUCCCGACCGGAAGAGGAGGCUCGAGGCGUGCCGACCGCUGAAGGGCCGGACGUGGAGGGCGACGGGAGCCCGGAGCGGCGUGAGGAUGACGCGAAGAAGGCGCAGGUGGGCGAGGAGGCGCUGUGGGAGGACGUGGAUGACGGCGAGCUGCGCGAGGCGGCCCAGGAGCUGGCCGUUAGUCAGAUGGAGCUGCUGGAAGAGCGUGGCCGACAGCAGCGGCUGGCCGCCAAUGUCACCGACCAGAUGUACGUCGAGAUCCAGACACUGCUCCAGCUGUUCGGCAUACCGUAUGUGGUGUCGCCAAAGGAGGCCGAGGCGCAGUGUGCUUUCCUGGAGAUGGCUGGCCUCACGGAGGGCACUAUCACCGAUGACAGCGACAUAUGGCUGUUCGGUGGAAACCGCGUGUACAAGAACUUCUUCAACCAGAACAAGUUUGUGGAGUUGUACCAGGCGGAAGACAUCCGGGGAACGCUGGGCAUGAGUCGCGACAAGCUGGUGUGCGUGGCGCUGCUCACCGGCAGCGACUACACAGUCGGUGUUGAGUCGGUCGGCUGCGUGCGCGCGCUGGAGGUGCUGGCCGAGUUCCCGGGCCCCGGCCUGGCCGGUCUGCGCGCCUUCCGCCGCUGGUGGGAGCAGUGCCGCGCCGGCGACGUGGCCGCCCGCACCCCCAUCCGCCGCAGUCUCGCUGCGCUGCACCUGUCGCAGGGCUUCCCGUCGGAGGCGGUGCUGGCCGCCUACCUGGAGCCGGAGGUGGACACGAGUCGCGAGCCAUUCAGCUGGGCUCCUCCCGACCUGGACAGCCUGCGCCACCUGGCCUCCGCCAAGUUCGGCUGGGACGGCCGCCACACCGACACCAUACUGACGCCAAUGAUGCAGCGCUACCAGCAGAGCCAGGGCCAGCGGCGGCUGGACGCAUACUUCUCGGCUGAGCCUCAGCGGGAGGUGCCGUCGGACGCGUCGCGCCGUCUGCAGCGCGCCGUGCGACGGGUCAAGGGCGAGGUGUCGCCGCCGCCGUCGCCGCCGCCGUCGCCGCCCGCCCGCGCCACGCCAGAGCCGGCCGAUGACGAUGUGCUGCUGAUGGACGACGGCAUGGACGAGGUGCUGCUGGCGUCACUGGACGCCCUGGACGGACCGGAGGGGGUGCCGUGUGCCGAACCCGCGCCGGCGCCGGCUGUCGAUCGGGAGGAGGCCUGCCCCGACGAGGCCCGUCCCUCCAGCUCCAGCCGACCGGCCGGCCGAGGUGCCGCCAAGAAGCGCCCCGUCAGAGGCGGCCGCGGUCGCGGCCAGCGACGCGCCAGGAGGCCGACCGUGGACGCCAACGGGUGCUCGCCAUCGCCGUCGCUUGCGGCGGCAGUCGCCGGCCCGUCCGCGAGGCCAACUCCCUCGCCGGCCCGCUCGGCUGCGCCGGCCGUGAACUCGGACCUGACCGAUCUGGAGCCGGAGGCGCGCGAGCGCGUGCUGCUGGUGCGCCGCAUGCGUGAGCGAGCCAGCCUGGUGCGCGCUCAGCUUCGCCAGGAGCAGCCGGCCGUGCAGCCGGCGGCGCCGCGGCCCACCACGCGCGAGGUGCGCGCCCGCAUGUUGGGCGCCCUGCUGCGUCACAACCCGCGGCUGCGCCUGGAGCGCGAGGCACAGCUGCGCCGGCGCAUGGGCCUACCGAGCAGCGACAGCGCGUGA